AUGUCAACUACAGACACUGAGGCAUCUCCUCUGUUGUCUACUGUCUCGGCACCUCCUGCUCCUGAGGCACGACCAAAGGCAGCAAGAACAGUCACAUUCAAUGCCGAUCCUGUCUCGAGAACAAUUGAGCCCGAACCCGAUGUCGUACGGCCUCGAACCUCCCACUACGCCACCGGCUCCGGCUCAGCCUUUUCCUCCGGUCACCAAAGCUAUGGCGCCAGCACCGGUAACAUGGCCGCCGGUCCUCCUAUGCUCGCAGCAUUGAACAACAGACUGCGAAGGAGGAACAGCCAUGGCGGCACUAUGCCAUCAUUACCUCCUCUCCCCGCGCCGAAGAUUGGCCCGCAGCGAAGUACCAAGAAUGCCCAGAAGCUGAAGCUGCUACCAAACCCCGAGUUCGGCGACGAGGGCCCGGACGAGGAAAGCGGCCGGGACGUAUAUUCACAGUACACACGGAUCAAGGAUCCGACAGCGAGACGGGAUGCUGCUCGCCUCGGCAAGGCUGACCGUGACCGCCUACCCAGAGUGACGGCGUAUUGCACAGCCAACAAAUAUCAGAUGGAAGGCUUGGUGCGGUUCUUGAAGGGGAGAGGAAAGUCAAAGGGCGCAAACCCGAAGUUAAUCGAUGAGUGCAUCUAUACGCCAUACAGCUACAGUAGUAAGCAAGUGGAAAACGUCAACUCCGAGAGGUUACAGGAAGUGCACUCCUACCCGGCACAUCCCAAUGAGCGCAGACACUCGACAGGCGAGGUAGACUCACGUUACCAUCAACAAGAUCUCAUUGAUCUCCGGGCUGAAGAACAGCGCACUCACGAGCUUGGCGGUGACAAUUACUUUGAUCCUUCAAGUUCACAGCCUGACUUGCUCAACCAAGGCAUGGGCGAGGAGAGUGCCGUGCAAGACCUUGUGGAAUUUGAUAUACACGUUCACACGCCGGAGAUCUUCCUCUUUGAUUAUGGCGUAGUUGUGAUAUGGGGAAUGUCACUGAAAGACGAGCAACGUUUCCUAAAAGAAAUCGCAAAGUUCGAGUUAGAGAAGCUUGCAGCAGACGAUGUCGAAACCGAAUUCUUUAAUUUCUACUAUACCAGAGAGUACCAGCCCAGGAUAUACAACGACUUCAUCACGCUCAGAGAGAAGAGCAAUUACAUGACGAAGCUCGCAAUUUCUCAUGCUCUAGCACAAAGCGUAAAGACGUCGCUUUUUGAAGAACUAAUUGCUUCGACUAUUGACACCUGCAAGGACAUUCCCACACAGAUUGCGCUGACCGGUAAGAUCGCGCUUAGCCGCACUCAGAUCAACAUGCAGAUUGGCGAGCUGUUCAUCCUCCGAAUUAACAUCCAUCUCAAUGGAUCGGUUCUCGAUACUCCCGAGCUGUUCUGGGUAGAGCCGCAACUGGAGCCUGUCUAUCAGGCUGUCCGGAGUUAUUUAGAGAUGGACCAGCGAGUAGGAUUGCUCACAGAGAGAUUGGAUGUUAUUGCGGAUCUCCUCGCGGUCUUAAAAGACCAGCUCAGUCAUGGUCAUGGGGAGAAGUUAGAGUGGAUUGUCAUCAUUCUUAUCGCGGCAGAGAUUCUGGUUGCCGCUGUCAACAUAGUUGUCGACUUAUAUGCUGGGGUGGACUGA